AUGACAAUUGGAGCUUCUUGGGACUUCUUGAGAGCCACUGUGGGCCCAGCGAAGGAGGAGGACAGCCAGGCUUGUCCCCCAGAGGGGCCCCGCUCUGGCAGCCCCGCGGGCACAGCGGUGGCAGCAGGGGCAGCCCCUGCCCUGGCCAGCGCCUCUCCUGGCCCGGGCCGUGCCACGGAGGCCGAGCCGGCAGCUGCUGCCCGGGGCGGAGCUGCUGAGGAGGCGGCAGCGGGGGCGGCGCCUGCCCCGCACAGCGCCCCCGGGCCCUGCUCUGCCCCGCUGGGAUUCCCGGGCCCCGGGGAACAGCCGGAGGGGGCAGUGGCAGAGCCAGAGCUGGCAGGUGAGCCCGGCAGUGAGAGGGACGCCUACAGCGAGAGAGAGGAAGAGGAGUGGGCAGUGGCAGGGUCAAAGCUGUUCAAGGAAGGCAGCCAGGAGACCUCGGUUUGGGACAGUGAAUCCUGCAGUGAGAGGGAUGCCUACAGUGUGAGAGAGGAAGAGGAGUGGGCAGUGGCAGAGCCAAAGCUUUUCAAGGAAGGCAGCCAGGAGACCUCGGUUUGGGACAGUGAGUCCUGCAGUGAGAGGGACAUCUACAGCGAGAGAGAGGAAGAGGAAGGUGAAGUCAAGUCCCUGCUGUCACUGCCAUGGGCAGACUCUUCUCCCAAAGAGGUGCCCCAGCUGGCAGCCCCUGCCCUGGCCAGUGCCUCUCCUGCCCCGGGCCGUGCCACGGAGGCCGAGCCGGCAGCUGCUGCCCGGUGCGGAGCUGCUGAGGAGGCGUUGCCUGGUGUUGCCAAGGCCAGGAAACGUCCCUCCCGCUUCAGGCGGGCGCUGCGGGCGCUGCGGGGGCUGUGCCGCUGUGCCUGCCUCAGGCCACGGCCCGAGGACUGA